AUGUUUACCGAAGCAGAGGAAAAGUUUAAAGAAGUUGGUCAGGCUUACAAAGUUUUAAGUGAUCCCGAAAAACGCCGGAACUAUGAUCAAUAUGGCAGCGAAAGUUCUUUUGGACAAAGUGCUUCAGCGGGAGGAUUUGGUCAAGGGGAGUCUAUUUUUAAAGAUAUUUUUGAUACUUUUUUUGGUAGAGGAACAGAAUAUUCUGGGCAAGAAAAUUAUUUUGAAAACCGAACUAAAACUCAAGCGGGUAGUGAUGUUUUAAUUAAUUUAAGUUUAACUUUUAAGGAAUCAGUAUUAGGAGUAAGGAAAAAAGUCUCUAUUGAUUUAGAAAAAGCAUGUAAUGUUUGUCGACAAACCGGGGCUGCAACCCCAUCGGAUAUUAUUAAUUGUUCCACUUGUCGAGGACGGGGGGUAGUCAAUACUAUUCAACGAACUAUUUUAGGAGCUAUUCGUAAUCAAGUUACCUGUUCACAAUGUCAAGGUAGUGGUCAAAAAAUCAGAAAAAAAUGCGGAUAUUGCGGAGGUAAAAAAUUCACAAAGCAAAAAGAAAUUGUUGAACUUAGCAUUCCGCGCGGAAUUCAACCAGAUAAAAGGCUCCGCUACCAAGGAGUGGGGAAUGAUGGUUGGCAUGGAGGAGUAAAGGGUGACAUUUAUGUUAAUAUAAAGGUCAAAGAUAAUCCUUAUUUUCAGCACAAAGGCAAUGAUAUACAUGUUAACUUGCCUAUCUCUUUUUUAGAUGCAAUUUUAGGAGGGAAUUUGAAAGUAAUCACUCUUGAAGGGAUAGAAAAAAUAGAAAUUAUACCAGGAACUCAAAAUGGAGAUCGGCUGAUUUUGUGCGUAAAAUUACCAAAGAAAAUUACUGGUUCAACUAGCGAAAUGCUUCACAGAUUACAAAAAGAAACUAAAGGAUUAUUCAACCAAGUCACAAGAAUUAUUGAGGAGAUUGAAGUUAUGAAUAAUAAAUUAAAUAGUGUUGAUUUUGCGGAGGAAGAAGAAAUUCUUCAAGAGGAAAGAGAUGCCGUGAUCCAAAAAUACAGUGGUUUAGUGGAAGAUUUGCGAAAAGAAAAGGAAAUUAUUACUCGGCAAAUAGAAAAUGAAGACGAUACCGUUGCAGUGGCUCCUCCUUUGCAACAAAAAAGUCCAAAAAAGGGUUAUUGUUAUUUCUGUGACACCAAAAUUACUUCUAGUAUUCCUUACCAAUUUUCCAAAGAAGAACAGGAAGUUUUGGAGGUUAAAAUUGUAGAAGGAGCAGGAUUUUGUUCACAGGAAUGUUUGUUAAGUCAUUGUAAAGAGUAUAAAAAAUGGCAAACGAUAGGGAAUUUGAGAAAUAGAAUUAAUAACUUAAUAAAAAAGGAAAAAGAGUUAGAGUUAGAUAUUGAUGCUUUGCCAGCUGAGAAAAAGGCAGGGUUUUUCCGCAGAAUAGCACAAAAUUUAGGUUUGGCGAAGAAAGAAAGUAGCCCUAGUGAUAAAUUAGCAGAGAUUAAGAGAAAAAGGCAAAAAUUAGAAGCAGAAAUAAAGGAAAAAGAAAAAUUUUUACAGCAGUCUUUAUUGGUUUUAAAGAUUAGUGAGCAGCAUCAAAAGUCUAAAGAGAUAAAAAAAUAUUGUCGUGGUCAGAACAUUUUUCUUAUUUCUACUCCACUCGGAUUAUUAACUCAUCGCGAAGCUUUACAAAAGUUCACCGGUGUACCACCAAAUGUGAAGGUGCUUUUGCAUGCAGAAGGAAUUACUGUCGAAGGUCCGUUAGGUAAAAGCGAAGUUUUUUUACCGAGCGGAUUAGAAGUAGUUAAUAAAGAAAAUAAAAUAUCUACAAAAUCAGAAAAUGUUGCUCUAGCAGGAACUCAUAACUCGUUAAUUUACAAUGCGAUAAAAGGGGUGACAGAAGGAUAUCAAGAGAUUUUAGAAGUAAAAGGAAUUGGUUAUAAAGUGUUCUUGAAAGGCAAUAAGUUAGAGUUUCUGUUGGGGAAAUCUCAUCCGAUUCUUCUAGAUAUUCCGAAAGGUCUCGAGGUGAAGACUGAAGGAAAUAAAAUAAUAAUUAAGGGAAUAAAUAAGCAACAGGUUAGGAAGUUUGCAGUUAGUGAUGUUAAGUCGCUGCGUUUACCGAGCGUGUAUAAGAAGGCAAAAGGAAUUUAUUACGUUGGAGAAGAAAAAACUAUUAAACUUAAGCCCGGAAAAAGUAAUUUAGUAAAAGGUACCGAACAAAGACCACGGGUAGUUUUGAGUGAGUCUAAUCGCUUUUUAAGAGUCCAAGCCAUUGACGAUAGGAUAGGUCAUACACUUUUAUGUUUUUCAACGGCUGAUUUAGUUGAGGAAAAUAAAAAUUUUUCUCGCAAGAAUAAAGAAUAUGCUAAAAAACUAGGAGAAUUAUUUGCAGAUAGAUUAAAGGAGAAAGUUUCAAACAAAGUGGAGGGAAAGGACAAAAAGUUUGAAAGAAGAGGUCAAUAUGUUCGUGUUCGACUUAAAACGGAAAGGUUAGAAACAAAAAGGCCGGUGACUGUAACUAAAGGUGGACGUAGGUUUAGUUUUACCUCAUUAGUUUUAGUCAAGGAUGAAGAAAAAAGAGCAGUUGCUUUUGCUUGUGCUGGCGGUAAAGAAUCGAUUAGUGCUUUUCGUAAGUCCGUCCAGAAAGCUCAAAAAAAAUUACUAACCUAUUUCCCUUCUCCUCCACGGACUAUCCCCCGCGAUGUUAUAAUUAAUUAUAAAGCUACCACAGUUUUUAUGAAAUCAGUUCCGCCAGGUAGUGGUAUUAAGGCGGGUGGAGUGCUUAGUAAGUUAUUUAAAUUCCUAGAAAUAAAGGAUAUAAGUACAAAAAUAAUUGGUUCGCGAAGGAAUAAGUUGAAUAAAAAAAAGCUCCUUGGUCGUGGUGAAGGCUCGGGUAGUGGAAAGACUUGUGGACGAGGACAAAAAGGACAAAAGGCAAGAAAAAGCGGUCAUACUCGUCCGGGAUUUGAAGGCGGCCAAACUCCAGUUUACCGACGUUUUCCUAAGCGCGGGUUUAAAACAAAAAAUAUUCUUAUCAAGUGGGUUAAUUUAGAAGCAUUAGAAAAGGAUGAAAAAAUCAUUACUGGGCAAAUAGUGGAUUUCACCCAAAGUAAAUUUCCCGUAAAAAUAUUAGGGAAAGGAGAACUAACUAAAACUUUGAUAAUUAAAGCGAAUUUCUUUUCCAAGGCUGCUCAAGAAAAGAUUGUUAAGUCGGGAGGAAAACCUCAGGUAAUAGAAAGAUAA